AUGCUCCCUGCGCGUGGUUUUCCCCAUCCGGCUGAGCAGGAAGGUGGUGCCAAUUUCGGAGAUGUACAUAGCACUUCGCUUUGGACCAGCAUAGCUGACAGACGGUGUUCCGGAGUGAGCUCACGCAGAAUGUCGGACUGUCCCCGACGGAUGCUGAAUCUUCUUCAUGGCACAAAGUCCCGUAAGAGCCGAAUAUCGUUCGAUUUUUCUAACCAGGCAGAAAAAUCGGUACAAACAUCACCCAUCAAACAUCCGAAUAAAAAUUGGCGCUUCGAGGAUGCUCGCAGAGCAAUUCUGGUGGAAACGGAUGCUGUCGGACAACCGCGAAAAACUCACAUCUUACUGCUCCGUUUUCCCGAUCCGGAGUUAAGCAAAGAAAUUGUUCAAGGUUUUUCGUCAUGUAUCGACAACGUUAUAUUUCACCGGCAAUCGGCGCCAAGGUAUUGUGUUGUGCACUUGAAACCGGACGCGGAUGUGGAUUGUGUUAUUAAACACAUUUCAAACAUACCUUUCGGAACGGGCCAUAUAAUAGUUGAAAGGAAAACACGCAACACAGAUCAAAAACCAGUGGCGCAACCAGAGGACAUCGAUCCGUACACACUGUUCAUUGGCAACCUACCGAACGUAAUUACGGUGAACACGAUGAAGCAAAUGUUUCCUGAUGCCAAACGCAUCGACAUUGGCCAUGCACAGCGUAUUAAGCACACUCGAUACGCCUUCAUUCGCUUCACAAAUGUGGAGGAAGCCAUCCACGCGUUCAACGCUAACCACAAUAAGGUCAUUGACGGAAAAACCAUCAUCAUUCGCUUCCGGCGGCACAACGCUCCGAUUGCGCUUCCGGAGGACACAACGACACCGAAAACGCCCAAGCGGCAGAAGAGUCAGCUAGUGGUGUCAGUGGAACAGAGGCCGAAACGGAUUUCAGCUACCCCGGCCAACUCGGACACGCUGAGUACGAUUAAAACGGAAAUACUUGACGAAGAUGAAAACGGUGUACAAGUUCAAUAUGUGUCGAAAGCUCAAGCGGGACAUCCGCUGCCCGUCAUCAAGUCCGAGGGGGACGAUACCGACAUUGAAGACAGCGAGGAAGAAGAUGUGGACAAUAUACGAGACUUUCUAGAGGAGCACCAAGAAGACGACGGACUAAACUUGGAUGAGAUCAACCCGGAUGAAAACUACUGCGAAGAUGACGACACCGAUAUCGACAGCUUUGGUAAAAACUACUGGACUUUGGAGCAGUUGCGGCAAAAUGCAAACGAAAAUGGUUCCGUUCCUAGUCGAAAUGAGGAACUGGAUGCUGAGUCGGCAACAAAAACAUCAUCAACCAUGGUAAUCAAACGCAAGGAACAUAAGGCCCCAACAACAAAUAUCAAAACGAAACGCCGCGACGAUCAGCUUAACGAUCUGUUCAGCUGUUUAGAACCGGAUGAUGAUUUAUCGUUAUGAGAUUCGAUGGAGCUGUUUUCGGACUUUAUUCAAUACGUCACGCUUAACUAGCGAGCUGGUGUUGACUAUUUGUCCUAGUGGUUUGUAUGUAACCGAAAGCGUGUUUUAGGUGCCUCAUAUGCGUUACGAAGUUAAAAUGCGUUUUACAAAAAACGUAAUGGAUUCUGAAAGCUGUAGUAUUGCUCGACUGCGUUUUGCCAAACAAUAAAAUUAAUUCUAGUUAUGCAGCGAGAUAGAUUAAGCAAAUUAGCUCGUUAAUAAAUUUGCACAGCACGGAAACUAGCACGGUCCCAAAAGACCGCAGAUCUUCCAUGGAAGGCAUAAGAACAAUAUUUAUGUAUUUAUGCCAAUUAAUUAGAGUAUUCUAUUCAAUUCCAUUAGUUUUUUGCCAUCCUUCGUUUUAUCAUAAUUGCAAAAUAUCAUUUUGGUCAUGAAAGGGGUAAAAUUAUUUCAAUGUGUCAUCUAAUAUUAAUGAUACAUGUGUGUACCUCUUUAUUUCCACGUGCACCAUAUCGGUUUUCGUAUGCCGUUUUCGCCUGAACACUGAAUUUGAAUGCUAUAUUGUAAAGAACCAAAUGGAUGAUUACAUGAAUGAACCAAGUCUUAGCCUAAUGGGAGAAACAAUUUAACUUUGAUUCCUUCACGAAUCGACCUGCAACUCCUGAAUUCUACUAAAUAUUCAAUAUUAGUUUAAGUUUUAAUUAAGAUUGGUUGGUGCUUGUCAGUGAAGCAUAUUUGCGUCAAGACACUGUCCCAAUUAGUUAAGAGAAGUAUAGAUUUUUUUUUCAGUAAAAAUGUGUGUUUUACUCAAUAUUAUGCUGUACUUUAAUUUCUCGAGUACAAACCCAGUACAUGACCUUCCUGGUGCAAUAUUAGUUCAGUAGAUCGAUAGCUUAUUGUUGACACUAAUUUUUGUCAAACCAUACAGGGAGUGUGGCCGUUAGUUAACGUUACUUGUGCUCUAAUAAACUAGACAUGAUAAUUUAAUCACACUUCCAAACUUUCCCUGUCUAGCGCUGCACAACUUGAAGAAAAACAAUACCACAAGGGAAAAGACUACCCAAACUCAUUCAUUGGUGCCCUUUGUUGGUGGUUAUAAAUUCUCUUUUAUUUUCUUUCUCAGCUUUGGAAGCGGGGUUAAUAACUCCUAACACAUCAAGGGAUAGGAAGUUUAUUGAUUUAUACAUCGUUCACUUAAUAUAUUCACUACGCCAGUACUUAAACAAACAAUCGCUGCAGGGAGCAAAGGCGACCUGCGCUUCAAAGAUCACAACGGAUAACGAUAUGUAUGUGACAACAUGAUAUGGCCGUUUUUACCAUAUAGAAGCACCAGUGAUGUUAGCUAUCGGCCGGUCUGUUCCCUUUACUUA